AUGGAGGUUCAUUUUCCCCGCCAAGACACGGUGCCUCGCACUGUCAUCAGCUUGCCCACGCCAAGCAAGAGGAUAAUCCGAAGCGUCGAUGGCGUCUUUGUGCAUGCCAUUGACACCGUCGAGGACCUGCGCGCCCAUCUGCAGACCGCAAUUGCUCUGGAGUGGGGUACGAUCCCACUCUACCUAUUCGGACGAUACAGUCUCGUGCCAGGCGACUACCCCGGUCUUGGCCCUGCGAGGUUGAUUCACAGUGUGGUGCAAGAGGAAAUGCUCCACUUGGUCCUCGCAGGGAAUAUGCUGAAGGCUAUCGGUGGUACCCCUUUGCUAUACUCCGCUCAGCCCUUCCCGAUAUUCCCAGUAAAGAUGCCAGGUCAUAGCGGCAACUUUAUAUUGCCUCUGUAUCCUGCCGACUACGAGCAACUUCAAAUUUAUGCUGCCGUAGAAAAGCCCGCGGAUUCUGGUGCGCCACCUCAGCCAGACAACUACGAUACUAUCGGCCAAUUCUAUGGCGCUAUCAUUGAAUCAUUCCGGCAACUUGGUAAUGGUAUCUUCGACAAGUCCUCUGUCGAUUACCAAAUCUUUGGCCCAGACGGCGUAUAUGCUGGUAAUGAGACGGGUGGGCUGACGUUAGUCACGGAUGUCAAUUCCGCUGUGGAUGCGGCGACUAUCAUUGUGGAGCAAGGCGAAGGCAAUAAACAAACCGAUUUCGACGACCCGAGUGAUACGGAUGUCGCCCAUUACUUCCGGUUCCAAGCUAUCAUUCAGCAGAGCUUGACGAACCCGGGAAAGACGAUUAAUGUCUGGCCGAAUCCCUUGACUGAAGAAUUGCCUUCGGCUUCCCCGGAAUAUGCUGUUUCGCGCCUCUUCGACGCAUGCUACUGCUUCCUCUUGUUGGCGAUCGAGGGUACCUACGCAAUCAGUAAGAAAACGGACCCGGCGAAGCGUGCGGCUACCACCGCAAUCUACGUUGAGUUCAUGACGAACGUCGUUCGUCGCAUUGCUGUCUUCCUUGUGCAGCAGGACUCGCCGGCGCUAGACCAGAAGGGAUAUAAGUGCGCGCCUGCCUUCAACUUGUACGACUUCUACAAGGAGGGUGGCCAAACUCCGCCUCUAGCUCAGAUCAAGAACUUGCUUCAAGUUGUCUAUUCAAGGUAUCCGGCAGGAGUUUCACCCCUAUUGGCGCCUCUUCAAGAGAUCUUGGAAUCCUUCCAAGAUCUUGACCCAGCCCCCAAGCUAGUUCCAUACGUGUUUCCCGCGUGACCGUGUGUAAAUGUCAUUGGUUAGCCGAAAUAGAAGAAUAUCAUUGACG